AUGGAUUCAUUUACUUUUCGCCAGCGUGGCCAAGCUAUCAAGGAGAAAACGCGAGCUCGGUUAACUGAUAGACAUAGCUGGAAGCUCCCUAAACAGAGCAGUAGUAUUGCGCCGCCGCGUGUUUGGACUAACGCCGAUCAAGAUCCAGUACCGGAAGAUAAACGAACAUGGACGAAAUGGGCAUUCAUCGGUUAUUGGUAUUCCGAUUUGGUGACGGUUUCGACGUGGACGGCUGCGAGCGCUAUAAUGACGACGGGUUUGACGGCUACUGAUGCUAUUUUGAUUGUUUUGGUUGCUGCUAUUUGUAACGCGAUCCCGACCGUCCUAAACGGCGCAAUCGGCGCCGACCUACACAUCCCAUUCCCGAUCGCCUGUCGAGCUAGCUACGGAUACUGGCUAAGCUACUUCUGCGUCGUCACGAGAGCGAUCCUCGCGUUAUUUUGGUUCGGCGUCCAAAGUGCGAAUGGUGGUUCCUGCGUUACAGCCAUCAUAACAGCGAUAUGGCCGAGUUACGCGAAGCUCCCCAAUACACUACCUGCAUCCGCCGGUACGACGAGCCAGGGGCUAUUGAGUUACUUUAUAUACUGGUGUAUACAAUUCCCACUGCUUUUGAUCCCAUCGCAUAAGCUUCAGCACUUGUUCUGGGUUAAAAGUGUCCUGGUUACGCCGAUGGCCUUGGCGAUGGUAAUAUGGAUUACAGUGGUGGCCGGUGGACAAGGCGAAUUUUUCUACGCGCCCGCCACCGUCUCUGGGUCGGCGAGGGCAUGGUUAUGGCUGUCCAACCUAACCAGCGUAACAGGCGGCUACUCCACCCUAGCCGUCAACAUCCCCGACUUCUCCCGCUUCAGCAAAACGCGUGGUGCGCAACUAUGGCAACUCCCCUUCAUCCCGCUCUUCAAAACCCUCGUCGGCAUCUUCGGCAUCGUAUCCGCAAGCGCCUCAAAGCAAGUCUACGGCAUCGCGUACUGGUCCCCUCUCGACAUAAUCGGGCGGUGGCAAGGCAGUCCGGGUGGUCGAGCGGCCGCUUUCUUCGCCGCGACGAUAUGGCUGCUUGCUCAGAUAAGCGUGAAUAUCAGCGCUAACGCAGUAUCCUUCGCCAACGACGUAACAACCCUGGCACCGAAAAUAUUUAAUAUCAAAAGGGGUGUGGUCCUAGUCUCGCUUCUAGGGGGAUGGGCGCUGUGUCCUUGGAUUAUAGUUUCCUCCGCAGCUGCGUUUCUCAAUUUCAUGAGUGCGUAUGCGGUGUUCAUGGCUCCUGUUGCUGGGAUACUGGUUGCGGAUUAUUGGAUUGUUAAAAGGCGGAGGUAUGAUGUACCUGCGCUGUAUGAUCCGGAUGGAAUUUAUAAAUAUGGUGUCUGGGGCGGGAAUUGGCGCGCCCUUGUCGUUACGUUGGUUGUGGUUGUGCCACUAUUGCCGGCGCUCGCGAAGAAAGUUACACCGAAGAAUGUGGAGAUUAGCCAGGGACUGGUGAAUUUGUUUACGUUUAAUUGGUUGUAUGGGUUCUUCGUGUCGCUGGUACUGUAUUGUGGGUUGAAUUAUUUCUUCCCGCAUAGGGAGACACUGAUACCGCAUGUGGUACCAGGAGAUGCUCCUGUUAUGCGGGCGGUUGAUGGUGAUGGAGAUGGGGAUAUAGAAAGUGGAGGCCAGGACGAGAAAUCAGGGGAGAAGGUGAGAACAGAAGCAAGUCCCAGGACCAUUAGGGAGAUAGGGGAUGUAUAA